CGCCAACCCAAUGGAAAGCCUCACCCACCCACGACUGUGACUGCUAUGUUGGCCCGGCUUCAGUGUCGCAUCCCUGCCCCGCGAAAUCCAAUGCAUCGUCCGCGAUUUGCAGUAUGGAGUACGUAAGGAAAGCACAAGGUACCUACCCAACUGCCCUUCAGCAUCCAGGGAAGGACAAGGUAAGGUAGCUCAAGGAGGCUUAGACCGGACCGCCUCGCCAAACAGAUUCCCCCAACGUCUUGUCACAAACACAAACAAGUCUCGAGCUUCGUUUCCCACCCUCCAUUGCCAUUGUCGUCGUCCCAUGCAUUACCCUGUUUGUUGAGCUUACUCUUUGUGCUCUCCCCGGCAGGCCUCGUCUCGCAAGCAUUCCUCCGGGCUCCCUGAUCUCCUCCAUCUACCUAUCCGAGCCGUAGAAUAAUCUCCGAAGCUAUGACUACCCUUGAACCUCGCCAACCUUACACCGACGCCGAGCUGCGCCAGCUGUACCCUCCACAGCUCAAGCUCCAGCUGGUGCAGAUCCUUCUCCGGCACGGCGAACGAACUCCCGUCAACCCUCGCUUUUCCAACACCGGCCUUCCUGAGUACUGGCCCUAUUGCAGUGUCGUUCGUCACCUCCGAAAUGCUGUUCUCGAUCCGGACACCGGUGAAUACUCAUACCUCGAUUGGAAGAGACGUCUCGAGGGAUUCGGUUCUAAAGACGAUAGUCCUGUAAUCGUUGCCGGCCCCAAGGGCGAGCUUGACGAUAUCUGUGAUCAUGGCAUGCUUACGGACCGCGGCCGAGAGACCACCCACCAACUAGGCAAACGCUUUCGUGAUCUCUACGUUGAUCGACUCAGCUUCUUGCCCACAGAACUUACCGACGCGGAGUCUCUGUAUCUUAGGUCUACACCGGUCCCGCGAGCUCUAGAGUCUCUUCAACAAGCCAUUUCUGGCCUAUAUCCGGCUAGGCAUCGGGCACCCGAUCUCCCCGCACUCACGAUCCUAGGGCGGGUACAGCCAGACGAGACUCUCUUUCCCAACGAAGGCCAUUGCCGGCGAUUCAGUAUUCUCGCCCGCGCAUUCGCCCAACGGACUGCCGAGCGAUGGAAUGAUACUCCAGAGAUGGGCUACUUGAACAAGAAGCUCGGAAAAUGGAUGGAAGAUGGUAAACUCAUUGCAGUUGAUUCAAAGCCUAGGCUUAGUGGGAUCAUGGAUACUAUCAACGCAUCACGCGCACAUGGCCCGAAGACGAAGCUACCUUCGGAGUUCUACGAUCCCAAGGUACUCUCCAUUAUUGAGAGAAUUGGCGUAGAAGAGUGGUAUAGCGGAUACAGCGAGAGCCAGGAGUAUCGCACACUUGGCAUUGGUGGCUUGAUGGGCGAUAUUGUCGCUCGUAUGGUCGGAAGCGUCGAACACAGUCCGGCAGACGGAGCCUACGAGAUCAAGCAAGCUAGCGCAGCUGCCAGGCCUAUCAGAUUUGGUAUGAGCGGCUGCCAUGAUACCACUCUUGCCGGUAUACUAGCCAGCCUGGGUGCCUUUGGUCCUGACAAAUGGCCUCCUUUCACGAGCCACAUCGCUGUUGAGAUGUUCCGCGAUCCCCAGGUUUCGUCAAUUCCAACGCAGGCACCCAAGAAUGCGGGCUGGUUCGGCUCGUGGUUCUCCACCGGCCGUGCUGGCACACCGGCGCCGGGUACGGCUCCGCCAGGCAUUGGCCGUAAGCCGACCCCCGCAUUGACAGAUGCUGAGAAGAAGCAGCUAGACGGUUACUACGUAAGGCUUCGGUACAACGAUGAGCCGGUGACCAUCCCCGGCUGCAAGCCUGCUGGCAACCAUCUUGAAGGCGAUGAGUCCUUUUGUACUCUGGCCGCCUUUAAGUCGAUUGUCGACAAGUACACACCUGUUGACUGGAAGAAUCAAUGUCGUGGGAACCAUGAUGCGUCCGCCUUUCCGGCCAAGCCCGAGCCGGCAGGAUAUUAAUGGUUUGCAGAGCUGCUAAGUUUUACCAAGUAUAUUAUCGAGAAACAAGCAGUGGUAAUUACUACAUAGGAUAGAGGAGAAAGUGCUUUGUGCAUAGACGAGUGGCAGGUCACCGCAUCCUGAGUAGCGUCACGAUCUACAUAGAACCAUUGCUUUUUGUUGAGCUUCCCUUUUUAUCGUUCAUGUCUGGGUUGAGUGUGUUAGGGUCUAUCCUUAAAGGGCGAAGUUAUGUACUCGUGUAACAUGUCUGUUUAGAGCUAGAGAUCUCCCGA